AUGGACAACAAUCGAGGAGGUCGUCAAGCAACCGCUGAGGAACAUGGGAUCAAGCUCAUGAAGCAGGAGUUAGCGUAUGACAUGUCCCAAGAUAUUGUGGCAGCGCUGCAAUGUUUGAAUGAAUCCCCAGGCGGAAGCACAUGUACCAUCUUCAGAACCCCUGAGGCGAUUGGAGGAGGUAUUGCCAAGGCAUGCCGGCCUCGCAUCGUCUCUAUUGGCCCAUACCACCAUGGGGAGCAGCAGUUGCAGAUGCUUCAGAAGCACAAGUGGAGAUACCUCCACACCAUGCUGGACCAAACUCAACACAGUGUCGGCCUCGAGGACCUCAUCAAUACAGUGGCACUGAAAGUGGAAAUGAUCCGGCAGUGCUAUUCGGAGAGCACUGAGUAUUUCAACGGACCUGAUCUUGUGAAAAUGAUGGUUGUUGAUGGAUGCUUCAUCAUUCAGUUUCUCCGUCAAAUCGCAGGGGUCAUGGCAAGAGACAGACGUAUGGAUCCCCCAUUAAAUAAUUCAUACGUGUUGUAUUCUGUUGCACGGGACCUUCUUCAGCUUGAGAACCAGACAAAAGCAGAUGUAGCGUCUUCAGAGUGCCCUGGGCACUUUGCUGGAGGAAACGCCGAGGCGUGCCGGCCUUGCAUCGUCUCUAUUGGCCCAUACCACUAUGGAGAAGUGCAGCUGGGAAUGCUUCAGGAACACAAGUGGAGAUACCUCCAAAGCAUGCUGGACCAAACUCAACCGCACGGUGUCGGACUUGAGGACCUCAUCGAUACAUUGGCACCGAAAGUGGAAAUAAUUCGGAAGUGCUACUCGGAAAGCACCGACCGUUUCAGUGGACCUGAUCUUGUGAAAAUGAUGGCUCUUGACGGACGCUUCAUCAUUCAGUUCCUCCAUCAAAUGGCAGGGGUCAUACAGAUUGAUCCCUCAUUGAAAAAUUCAUACGUGUUAGCUUCCGUUAUGCGGGACCUUCUUUGGCUCGAGAACCAGGUCCCGUACCUUGUUCUCGAGGAUUUGUUUGAAACGGCGAAUGUUCCAAAAGGAACCUUGUCCUUGGCCGAUCUUGCCUUCCAUUUCUUCAGCCGCUUUCUGGAAGUAUUUGGCAAUUGUCGUGGCCAAGGGGAUGGGCACAUAACUGCCUAUGCCACGUUCAUGGGAUACCGAUACCUCAUUCAUACGGCCAAUGAUGUACAACUUUUACGUGAUAGUAAAGUCAUCUCGAAUCACGGCAUGAGCAACGAGGAUAUAGCACAUUUCUUCAGUGAUGUGUGCAAGGAUGCUACUUUCUAUGUCAAGGGGAGCUAUCUAGAGUCACACUUUGCAAUUUUAAACAAGUCUCUCAAUAAGGAGAAAUUCUUGAUUGCGAUAACUAAUCAAGCUAGCACAAGGAAGAUCUGGGAAGUGUUGACUGUGAAGAUGAACAACGGCUAUGAAGCUUCAAACACGAAUAACCUGCUUCGAGUCCUCGCGGCCAAGAACAGGGCAAACAGAGCUUCCUGUGGUGGUCGAACUGACAGUGACGAGAAGCGAUCCGAUGAUUGCAACGAUUGGCAACGUAGAGGCAGGAGAGGAUUCAGUGGAAAUCACUGA